AUGAAAUAUUUAUUGUUCCUCCUUGUGAAAUUGAUCUCAACAAAUGUUUCAAUCGUAAAUGGUAGCAAUAUUCAUGCCAGAUUCAAGCGCAACAAUAUUCCUUGCGGAACUAGCUUUACGCCAUGUUCUAGGAGUUUAUUAUCAUUGGGUAUUUUUAAUAAUGUGAUUGGUGAUAAAGAAAACGAAUUAGAAAGUAUUCCGUUGAGAAGAUCAGAUUAUGCCGAUGUUAGCCACAUUAUUGAACCACUACUUAUCGUUAAUUCAACACGGGACGCCAAACUUGAAAUCGACAAAUUAUUCAACCAAACUGAACAAGCAAUAUUUACAGAUAGAAAGAAAAAUGAGUUCCAUGCGCCUGAAUUUCUUCAAACCUCAAAAUUACAAGGUGUAGGAAUCGAACAUUCACUUAAUCUCAGUUGA